AUGGAGAUGGAGCAGUGGGUGGUGGAGGAUGAUGAGGAGGCGUUGAUGGCCGUGGCGGAGAUGGAGGCGGAGGAGCGGAGGAGGGAGAAGGAGCUCGAAAUGAGGAAGGGCAAGGGCAAGGGCAAGGAGGUAGAUGGACCUGCCGAAGCUGCACCUGAUGAUGAUGAAGGCGCUGUGUCAGGCGUUAUGGACGCGCUGACAAAACUGAGAGAGCGCGGGACUUAG